AUGUGACGCCUGCAUUUCCGACACAACAAUACAACCCCGUAUUGGUCUGCAUUCACGCUCCCACUUUCCCCCCUCCCCACGUCUGGCUCUCGGUAUGGCGGACGGCGAGAGGUCCCCGUUACUAUCAGAUCUGGGAGAUGGUGCUCUUGGCAGCGGUAACGGUGGGGUGUCUCCCGGUGCAGCGCCUUACGGUGUGCCCAACAAACCACCUAGCUUCCCUCCGUUUCCUAGCCCCACUCAGCCCUCGGUGCUCCUAGGGGAGGAUCCUCCGCCCUACUCCCCUCUCACCUCCCCGGAGAGUGGCAGUGCACCUGUUAUCAGCUGCAGGGUGUGCCAGAGCUUGAUCUCUGUGGAGGGAAAGAUCCAUCAACACGUGGUGAAGUGUGGGGUUUGCAAUGAAGCUACGCCCAUUAAGAAUGCCCCAGCAGGGAAGAAGUACGUUCGCUGCCCCUGCAACUGUCUGCUCAUCUGCAAAGUCACUUCCCAGAGGAUCGCCUGUCCCCGGCCCUAUUGUAAGAGGAUAAUUAAUCUGGGUCCAGUUCAUCCUGGUCCAGCCAGUCCUGACCCUCAGCCAGCUGGGGCCCGGGUCUCCUGUGGACACUGCAGCAACACCUUCCUGUGGACAGAGUUCACAGACCGGACGCUGGCCAGGUGCCCACACUGCAGGAAAGUCUCCUCCAUUGGUCAGAGGUAUCCCCGGAGGCGGAGCUUGUGGUGUUUUCUACUCUGCUUGCUAUUCAGCAUCUCCACCGCCGGGCUGAUGGCUGGAACGUGGGUGAAGGCUCAGACCUACCAGGGGAUCUAUGCCUCGUGGGCCGUGCUGCUGCUCCUGGUUCUCGUCACCUUGGCUCGGGCCUUCUACUGGGCCUGCAUGAGGGUCAGCCAGCCUCUCCAGAACUUCACAUAGACCCCCCAUCUGACCCGGCCGCUCCCCCUUUCCAACCCCGCCAGGCAGGAGGAAUGAUGGCUUUAAAGAAAGAAACAAAAAAAAACACACAAAAAAACAAUAUUUAUUUAAAUCCAACUCCAGAAAUUGAAAGUUCUCCUCCUCCUGUCCCCUCCCUUUUAGUCAAAUGUGUUUCUAAAACUGGAUGGCGGUGGCUGCGACUGCUAUAUAUCUAUCGGUAAUUAUGAUGAUGAUGCGUAUAGCCUAAUGUACUGUUUAUCUGUUCUAAUCUCGUGGCCAGUGUGGGGUUCAUUUUAACAUUAUAACAAUAUUUUCUUCUUCUCUUUACCCCCGCGCUGUUUAUAAAGUUUGGCUUUCGUCUGUGGCACAUCGGUUGCACUCUAGCAACUUCUAGGACGACGGCUUGAAGCAAAGUCUUAGAUGUGAAUACUGCCCUUGUUUUUGUUUAGAGGGACGCUCCCUCUUCAAUCCUAAUUUGACAUAUUGUUUAGUAUUUGAGCAUUUAACUUUUCUUUUUUUUUUUAAUCGCGAUACAAAUUAUUUUGUGAAAGCGGCGAUGAAGUCAGACAAAGCUAACAAAUCGAUGCCAGUAGAAGACGAGUGGCUGGAGGGACAUAAGCCUCCUUUUGUGAAUCAAAAGAUCAAGUAGGUGUUGAAAUGUGUCUGAAAAAUUGAAUUCAGCAGUACGUGAAGGUAGGCUAUGAUGUUUUUGAACUCAGUGUUUCUGCUGAAUUAUCCCCUGGGACUGACUUUGAUCCAAAGCAGCUUGAAAGCCUUAAAAGGAGGUGUGGUAGAAGGAUUCAACACACACAUACACACACACACACGUACAGUCACAGCCACAUAAAUGCAUACAACAAAAGGAGGAUGCUCUUUUAGAGUUGCAACGGCUCACAAACCAGUUUGUCAAAGGCAUGAGCCUCUCUCUUCAAAGACAGACCUGCAAACAGAUUUUCUCCAUAUUGUCCUUAUGUCAGUGAAGGAAAAAGUGACACGCAUGCUGCUUUCCAUGAAAGUUGGAUAUUUCAUUCUGGACCUGCAAACACAUCCGUCAUCCAAACUAUAACUACAGCUUCACUUUUUAAAAACUUUUUAGCCUUUUAUUAUUUUAUUUUCCUGACAUAGCAUAACUUCAAUUGCAUAUUUCCAAUUGACAUAUCAUCAGCACCUAAAUUUGGCAUAAUCUUCCCUCCUGUUUUCGAGAGACGGCUCUACUUAAGCACAGAAAUCUAUACGGUUCGACCCUGUAGAUUUUUGCUCUGCUUUGCCUUUGGAAACCGACAAAAAAUAUGAAACUAUUGGCUGUUACAACACUGAUAUCUGCCUCUUUUAUACCCACAGAACUCUGUGAGUAUAGGGUGUGUUUUGGAAUUGCUUUCUGUUGUUGGUUGUAAGCUUUCAUGCUUACAAGCAGCACUGCGUAUUUGUCUUAGGAGAGGACUAAGAGCUGAAUUUUAAGGGCCUGUCUAUGUUUUGCUAGCUGAGGUUGAAUCUGUGAACAAACAACAAACGGUGAGCUUCAAAAUACAGCACUUGAGGCUUUUUUUUAAAAACUCCUGAUACCCAAAGAAUUUGGGAUGUACAUCCAAACGCACCACACUAAAAACAACAAACUGUAAUUGGCGUGAAAGCACCAACUUUGGAGGUGUUUUCAAUGCAUUUGGGACCAUUCGUGGUGAAAAUGUUGUCAUUGAAGAUGGAGGCUGUUCUGAGCUUUGUUAUUGGUUGUUUCAAGGUGGCGAGUCCACCUUAAAGCCAGUGGAAUAUCUACCAUACAAAGCCCAAUGCCAGUCAGAAUAGGUCAGUAAUAUAAACACACACUACACUAUACAUUCUCACUCAGUGUAAGUCCCAUAAUGACUUCUCUGUCUGUGGUUCUGAAUGUGGUAACAUUUCUUUUGUUAUGAAUACUGUAUUUUGUUUUUUGUUCUAAUUGUAAAUAUAUUUGUUGUUUAUGUACAAUGGAAGUGACUAAGCGAAUUAUGUUGCACUCCGAGCUUAACACUACUGCUGUGAAUCGCUGCGGACGUUUUGUUUCUUGUUUUUAAGAAGGUUAUUUUUGCAACUCUUCACCUGUUACAUAUUUAAUGAUUUGAUGAACUACUAACCUAAUAAGCCUCUGGACACCCGGUCGUGUCCGAACCUUUAACCACAAACACAUCAACAUACUCACACCAACAAAACAUUAUGACUGAAUCACAUUACAUUACUAUCUCUCUCACACACACAAACACACACACACACCCAGCACCUUAUACAGUAGUGAGAAACACUGCAUACACCAAGUAAGAUGAGAAGAAGUUACCCUGCUGGACUGAACUGAGGUCGCAAACAGUUCAUAUGGAAGUGUCAUGUUAUUUAUUACACCUGCUGCAAAAAAGGCCACAAAUAAGUCAUUUAUGAAGUCUGAAUAUCUUAUUUACUGGGGGGAAAAAGUCUGUCACUUUCUUCAAGACUGGACCAAGGAUGUUUUUCUUCUUUUUUUUUUAAUCAAUUCAACAAUCUGCCAGUGUGAAGUUAUGGUCAGUUCAUUACUUUUUAAGACUGUGAUGGGGAGAAAAAUAAGACUGAAGGACAGAAUUGACAUGACUUGUUUGAGAAGACUAUUUUUUGCAGUGGAGUGAUCAUGUUUUAUUCAUGACUGCAAAAUAAAUCAAUCAUGUUAAUGCCAAUAAUCAAGAACCUGGCUGACGCUCUUUUCAGAGUUUGUUUACACACAAAUAAAGACAUGAUGAUGUAAAAAA